UCAACAUCAUGUGUUGCACCUCAUCUAUCUCUAACAUCAUUAUCAACAACAACAUACUCUGGUAUUAGAUCAAUAUCAUCUCGAUCAUCACCAUCAUCAUCAACAUCAACAUCAAGGAAUCCACAAGAAGAGAAGGAUGCAAAAGAGAUAAAAGAUAUACAACAUGAUAUAAAGAGAUAUAAUGAUUCAUAUUAUAACAAGUCUGAAUCAUUAGUAAGUGAUUAUGAGUAUGAUAUUGUAUUUCAGAGAUUAGAAGCAUUGGAACAUUCAUUCCAUACACGUUAUCCACAUUCUUCGUUGUUAUCUGGCAAUAAUGCAUCACCUUUGGAACAAGUUGGCGCCACACCAGACAAAUCAGUGCCACUGGAGAACAAGGUGGCGCAUAGAGUCCGCAUGCUCAGUCUAAAGAACAUUCACACACAAGAGGAGUUGAACGCGUUUGAACAACGAUGUCGCGAAGCUUGGGUCAGGGAGGCUGACGCUGGUAACUUUGUGCUCGAACUCAAGUAUGAUGGCAUUGGACUCAGUGUCAUCUACAACAAGGGUGUGCUGGCACAAGUGAUCACGCGAGGCGAUGGCGACCAAGGAGAGGAUGUGACGGCCAACGCCCGAGCAUUCAUCAACACUGGAUUGCCGGCACGCAUUGACUGCCUUGACGAACAUGUUGAGGUCAGAGGCGAGGUCGUGUUGUCCAAGCGUCAACUGUCAUUGAUCAAUGAACAGCGCGUACUCAAUGGCGACUACGAGUACAAGAACACUCGAAACGUCGUCUCUGGCAUGCUGCGAUCAGAGUCCAUCUUGAAGGAGGCCAACAAAUCAAGCAGUUUGAUCAAGUUGGACUUCUUUGCCUAUCAACUUGUUGGUGUGUCUGGUGCCUCAGACUCGUCCACCGCCACACACUUUGGAAACCUUGGACUAAUGAAGGGACUGGGCUUCCAGCCCGACCCCAACGCGAUACAAGCAACUUCAUUGAGUGACCCCUCUGUCGUAUCAUUUAUCGACAAAUGGAGCAAACAACGAACGGAUUACACAUGGGACACUGAUGGUGUUGUGAUCAAAGUCAACAGCAUUGCCAAUCAAAGAGAGUUAGGCGAAGCCAAUCGCGCACCAAGAUGGGCCAUCGCGUAUAAGUUUGGAGCGCCCAGCCACACGACAACUGUGCGCGACAUCAUCAUGCAGGUUGGGCGCUCGGGCAAGAUGACGCCUGUUGCAAUAUUCGACCCGGUGACCAUCCACGGUGCAUUGAUCUCGCGAGCAACAAUGAACAAUCUGGCAUUCGUUCAACGAAUGAACAUACGUAUUGGCGACCAAGUGAUUGUUGAACGAGCCGGCGAUGUCAUACCCAAGAUCGUUGGAGUUGCCACCAUGGACGCAGAGAGGAAGCAACAAGUGAUGUCUGAUCAAGAGUUGCGAGACAUGCUCAACAAGGGCGAGUCGGGUGGAGCUAUCGCUGAGAACAUCCUCUGUCCGUGUGGCAGGAAGUCGGCAGUCAUUCAGCCCGAUGGCCAUGUUGAUCAUUAUUGUGUUGACGCAUUAGCAGGUCGUUGUGCGGACCAGGUUCGCGCAGGCAUCGCUUGGUUCGUAAGCAAGGGCGCCAUGGAUAUAUCCGGCGUGGGUCCGGCACAAGUCGACGCACUUCUAGAUGCAAACCUUAUCGAGGACAUUGGAGACCUGUACAACCUUCACGAGAAGCGUGGAGACCUUAUGAAGCUCGAAGGAUUCAGUGACAAGAAGGUGGACAACAUGCUCAAAGCCAUUGAGAAGAGCAAGAGCAAACCAUUUGCAUCGCUUGUAUGUGGCCUGGGCAUCCCGGGUGUGGGCACAUCUCUCAGCAAAGAACUGGCCAAGCGAUUCAAAUCAUUGGAUAGUCUGUCUGCUGCACCCUUGUCAGACAUUGAAGCAGGACAACUUGGACCCAACAUAUCCUAUGAGAUACACAACUUCUUCCAUCCAACCGAUCCAAUCACUCAAUCUCGAAUCACAAGACUCAUUGAGAAGUUGUUGAGAUCAGAUGUUGCCGGGGUGUCAGUGGAUACCACAAGUAACCAAACAUCAGGUACAUCUACAACGACGACGACGACGACAUUGGAUACAACACAAGCACUUUUGUUUAGUGGCAAGAAUGUAGUUAUAAGUGGAACAUUCAUUAGUGGGACGAGGGAUGAUGUCAAGACGUUGGUGGAACAAAAGUUGGGAGGCAAAGUUCAGGCUGGUGUACGAUCAAAUACCAAUGUACUACUGAUUGGAAAGAAUGCCGCAGAGAGUAAGAUAUCCAAGGCCAAAGAGUUGAAUGUCAGCAUUGUCAACGAGUCUGAUGUCUUACCAUUUUUAAUAAAUAAA